AUGAACGCCCAGGUUCUCGUUCUUCUUCUAAUUCUUGACAUCGGUGCUGCCGCCACCAACUUUGACUAUUUGAAUGAUCACCUGGAAAUCAACGAGUUGAAGAACAACCAAGUCGAGCAUCCAGAAUUAAAGCAUCUCACUUCUACUCGUGCAUCCCGAUUCCAAGAGAACAAGAUACGGUUCUGUGGAAGACGUCUCGCUUUGUUCAUCUUUGCCACUUGUGGAGAAUGUCAGACAGACAGUGGGACAGAUCUAUCAGUUCUCUGCUGUGCCCAGCCAUGCAACAUAAAAACGAUCAUCGACGCAUGCUGUCCUGAUACUCACUUCAAAUGA